ACAUAUGAUAAAAAGUUAAAAUUGAAUUUGGGAGUUGUGGAAAGAACUCAAAGAAGGAUAGAUAGCACGUGAUUAUCAAACCAAAUCUUCUUUAUCUCUUUUUUUUUUUCUUAGUAAUCGAAUCAUAUUACGUUAUUACAAUUAUUUUUGUUUGGUACUUGUAAUAAUAAUACUAACCCAAACAAAAGCAAAAGAAUAACAAAAUCAAGAUCUGCGUUUUUCCCCUGAAACAACCCAAACAAAAAAAAAAAGAGAGAAAGAAAAAAAGAAUGUUACAGCUGUUUUUCACGAUAGCGUUCUCGGCGGCGCCGUUAACUCUGUACAUACCACCGGUAAGAUGUUUGACGGUGUUCGUGGAGACGAUGGAAGAGAUGGGAAUGGAAGGUAGGGUUUAUAGCCGGAGACUCUUCCCUCGCGCUAGAAUUGCUUGGUCUAGGCUUCUUGAUUGCUUCUUCUCCACUUCUCGCCCUCUCGCUUCUUAAAAAAAAUUUGUGUUCGUCUUCUCUUCCUUUCUCUGUAGAUAUAUAUGUAAUUUCCUUCUUGUGUUUUUUCAUCACAUAUAUUAUGUUUUUGAUUUUUAGGUGUUUUUUUUUUUUUUUUUUGGUGGUUGUUGAUCUUAAUAAUGAUUAGAGACAGAUCUCCCUCUUUUUGUUCUCUAA